CUAUUUCUCCCCAUUAAUACCAAUGACGAUGGGAGUACUAUUCCUCCCCAUUAAUACCAAUGACGGACGCACUAUUCCUCCCAUUAAUACCAAUGACGGAGCACUAUUCCUCCCAUUAAUACCAAUGACGGUGCACUAUUUCCCUCCCACUACUACCAAUGAUGGGGCACUAUUCUUCCCACGAAUACCAAUGAUGGGGCACUAUUCCUCCCCAUUAAUAAUACCAAUGAUGGGGCACUAUUCCUCCCACGAAUACCAAUGAUGGGGCACUAUUCUUCUCACGAAUACCAAUGAUGGGGCACUAUUCUUCCCACGAAUACCAAUGAUGGGGCACUAUUCUUCUCACGAAUACCAAUGAUGGGGCACUAUUCUUCCCACGAAUACCAAUGAUGGGGCACUAUUCUUCCCACGAAUACCAAUGAUGGGGCACUAUUCUUCCCACGAAUACCAAUGAUGGGGCACUAUUCUUCUCACGAAUAUUAAUGAUGGGGCACUAUUCUUCCCACGAAUACCAAUGAUGGGGCAUGAUCUCUCCCACUAAUACCAAUGAUAGAACACUAUUCCUCCUCCUACUGACUACCAAU